CCUCGCCUUCCGCUUCCCCUGUGCCCGGGAAGAGGCGGGCGCAGCUGCGGCCAUGCAGGUCUCCAGCCUCAACGAGGUGAAGAUCUACAGCCUGAGCGCCGGCAGGAGCCUCCCGGAGUGGCUCUCUGACAGGAAGAAAAGAGCUUUACAGAAGAAAGAUGUGGAUAUCCGUAGAAGAAUUGAACUUAUUCAAGACUUUGAAAUGCCCACGGUUAGCACAAAGAUUAAGGUAUCAAGAGAUGGACAGUAUAUUAUGGCAGUUGGAACUUACAAGCCCAGGGUCCGCUGUUUUGAUACCUAUCAGUUAUCCCAGAAAUUUGAAAGAUGCUUAGAUUCUGAAGUGGUUACGUUUGAGAUUUUAUCAGAUGAUUACUCAAAGAUUGUCUUCUUGCAGUGUGGCAGAUUUGUGGAAUUUCAUUCCCAACAYGGCCAUUACUACAAGACAAGAAUACCAAAAUUUGGUAGAGAUUUCUCCUAUCACUAUCCAUCAUGUGACCUGUAUUUUGUAGGAGCAAGUUCUGAAGUGUACAGGCUAAAUCUGGAACAAGGAAGAUUUCUGAACUCCCUGCAAACUGAAGCUUCGGAGAGUAAUGCCUGUGACAUCAAUCCAGUACACUUCUUGUUUGCWAUGGGGACAGCUGAGGGUAAAGUGGAAUGCUGGGAUCCUAGAACUAGGAAUCGAGUUGGGCUGUUGGACUGUGCUUUAAGCAGUGUGACAGCAGACACAGAGAUAGAAGGUUUACCAUCCAUUUCAGCACUGAAAUUUGAUGGGGCUUUGAAUAUGGCUGUUGGAACAUCUACUGGGCAGGUUCUAUUAUAUGAUCUUCGGUCCAGUAAUCCAUUAAUAGUCAAAGAUCACCACUAUGGCCUGCCUAUUAAAUCAAUUCAGUUUCAUCAUCAGUUGGAUUUAAUUAUCUCUGCAGAUUCUCGAAUCAUAAAAAUGUGGAACAAAGAUACAGGAAAGAUAUUUACUUCAAUGGAGCCAGAACAUGAUAUAAAUGAUGUCUGCCUGUAUCCAAAUUCAGGAAUGCUAAUGACUGCCAAUGAAGCCCCUAAAAUGAAUAUCUAUUAUAUACCAGUUUUAGGACCUGCCCCAAAAUGGUGUUCCUUCUUGGACAGCUUGACUGAAGAACUGGAAGAGAAUCCAGAGAGCACAGUUUAUGAUGAUUACAAAUUUGUUACCAGAAAAGACCUUGAAAAUUUAGGCCUUGCUCACCUCAUUGGAUCAUCAUUGCUCAGAGCAUAUAUGCAUGGCUUCUUCAUGGACAUAAGACUUUAUCAUAAGGCAAAAAUGAUGGCCAACCCCUUUGCCUAUGAGGAAUACAGAAGAGAGAAAAUAAGGCAGAAGAUAGAAGAAACACGUGCACAGAGAGUUCAAUUGAAGAAACUUCCCAAAGUUAAUAAAGAACUUGCACUCAAACUGAUGGAAGAAGAAGGAGAAGAGCAACAGAUCAGUAGAAAAAGGAAACAAAAGAAUCUGCCCAGCCUUCUCAAAGAUGAUCGUUUUAAGGUCAUGUUUGAGAAUCCAGAUUUCCAGGUGGAUGAGCAGAGUGAAGAAUUUAGGCUACUUAACCCACUUGUUUCUAAAAUAAGUGAGAAAAGAAAGAGGAAACUGAAGAUCUUAGAAGAACUGGAAGCACAAGGACAGGAAGAGGAGGAAGAACCAGAAGGAAAAGCAAGUGAUGCAGAAAGUUCUGAGAGUUCAGAUGAUGAAAAAGGCUGGGUUGAAGAGGUCAGGAAACAGCGCAAGCUUUUACGCCAAGAGGAAAAACUAAAGCGGCAGGAAAGGCUCAAGGAGGAUCAGCAAACAUUACUGAAACCUCAGUUUUUUGAGAUUAAAGAAGGAGAGGAAUUCAGAAGCUUCAAAGACUCUGCCAAAAAACAAAAACUAAUGAAGAAAACUCUUGAAGAUCGUUUAAAGCUUGAGGAAAAACUUGGCACACUCAAUGUGUCUGAUACCACAGUAGGCAGCAAACAGGCAACAUUCAAAUUAAAGAAGUCAGAGCAACAAAGAAAACAGCAGGAAGCUGAGAAACGGCAUCGUCAAGAGAGGAAAACUCUUCGGCGCUCUGCCAGUCAUCUCAAAAGCAGACGAGGAAGAGGACGACUGUUUCAUUGAUUUAUGGGAGUUUUUAAAGAAACUUUUUACCUCAUUUUCAUCUGAAAAAGGGGCUUUUCAAAUUGGGACACAGUACCAAUGAAUUUGUAUUUUGAUUCAUUGGUGAACACAAAAACUGAACUUCCUAAACGCUGUGUUAAUUAUUGAAAAAUUUAUGAAAGUUAAAGUACUGACCAAAGGACACUACGAAUGUUGUCCAGUGUGAACUGUAUUUGUUCAGAAAUCACCAGCAACUGGUUAUUGUGUAACCCUGGAUGUUUUCUCUAUAAGAAUUUAUGUAUACAAUAAGGCUGCCUGUCUUUUAUUUAACUUAAGAGCUAUGAGUUUUAGUUUGUGAAAUCUUUAUUUAUGACUGCUUAGAUAGAAGAUCGAAGGUAAGUUAUUUUGUUUAAAAGCUUGUCUUUACAAAGGAACAACAAAUUUUUCUCGUUCUUGAAAGAGGACAUAUAAUUCUAUUUUUCACAAAAUUGUAACUUCCAAAACAUGGCUUUAUAUUAUUGGGUUGCCUUUAGUAGCAAAUGGUACAAAUGGUUGUCGGGAGGGCAAUUGAGAAUGCCUGCUUUGAGUUUCCUGAGUCAUUCUAUCAGGAAACAUCUCUUGCCACACCAGUUUACCAAGGGGAAGCUCAGAAGGGUAGUCCUAUUAACUUAGAUUUUGUAAAUACUGCCUUAACUCAUGUAAAACCUGGUCCUGUUGUUGCCAUUUGGGAAAGCCAGCCAUGGUUCAACAUAAAGCGAGUGGUAUAUGUUCAUAUAGCAAGCACUUCAGGGCCAUGCCAAUAGUCAUCUAAAUAAAUAAAAAACCAAGAACCUAAGUAGGAAUUAAGCAAAUAGGUUAAUUUUUACCUUUGAUCCUAAAGGAACCUUUUUAUUGCUUUUUAAAAGCCUUUAUAAAUUGCCUUUUUGCUAGAUCAAAAAAACGGUAAACUUUGGAUCUAACAAGAAUCAGUGAAUCUCCCUGMCACUGUAAAUCUUUUUAAGAAACUCAUGGGUUCUCAAGUGUUUUGCUUUAUAAAUCAGAGAGGUAUUAAUCUGGUUAGGUCUCUUGGGCAGUAUUUAUAGAAUCUUUGGAGUUAUUUCAGUAAAAGCCUUGCUUUCUCAUAGCCUGAUAUUUUUCUGGUGUUGUUUUUAGGUGGUAGAAAAAUUAGCCACAUGGUUACAUUUUUUUUCUUCCUGGUGUAAGUUUACCUGUUUUAAUUCCUUCUGACUUUAAUUAUGUUAUUGCCUUUAGUUUAAAAAGACCUGUUUCACCUGAUGUUUUUAUCUUAAAAACUUACAUUGCAGUCAUUAUCUCUGUCCUGGCAUUCAGCUAAAGGAUUAGUCUCUCGAUGCCUAGUUUUCUACCUCUAGCUGUCAAAUUUCUGCAUUAUCCAUAAGCUUCUCAUGCUUUUUAUUUAGCACAGAACUAUUCGCUGUUCCAAUGUCAGUCUCACUCAUGCUGUAAGUACCAUCAUAACUUCUCCUUAAGCACUGAGAAAAUAUGAACGCAGUUGUCGUUGCUUCAGGGUAUGUCCCUCUUUUUGGAGUCUUGUCUUUUGACAUUCAAGCCUUUGAGAUCCAAAUGCAGUGAACAAGUUAAAAUUUGUACUAGUGCAACAUUUUCUCCUUGGAGCAUUAUGUUAUCUCUUAGAAACUAUCUGUGUGUGAUUCCAGUGUGCUCACGUCAUACCCGGGGCUAUACGAACAUGGAAAGAUUAACACUGGAAAUUUGCCUCCAUUGUGGUUGAGACAGGGAGAGAUGGGGACUGAGUGGACAGAACUGGCGCUGUAAGAGCAGGAAUUUGGCAGAGUUUGCUCCUUCUCGUGAUGGACCUAAAUCCCAUUGUAUUUGAUUUGGAGCUAGAGGUGCAUUUGUGGUUUAAGGCAUCUCUGUUUCAGCAAUGAUUUUGUGGGCUGUCAGGAGUGGGGAAAAAAAAGUGGCUGGUCUGCGGGGUGGAAAUGAAUUGAGCUUGAAAUGGUUAACUUGCAGCUUAAAAUGAGUGUAUUUCUUGUGAUUUGAGAUUCUUCUGACAGACUGGUUUAACUCAGUGUUUUGCUUCCAUGCACUUACAUUCACAGUGUAAGUAUUGCAGUAGUCUUGAUCAUGUAUUUUGGUUGAAGUCUAUGUGAUUAAAAGAAUAUGCUUUGUACUGUUAGAUAGAAGGCACAUGUAAACUGCCCUUAGCAUGCCAUUUAUUUCACAUCAGAGGUAUUUGAGAUACACUUUAAACGCCUCUGACCUGCUAGAAGUGCUCUUCCUAAGGCACCCCAGGACAGUGCUGGCCUUCUUGGCCCUCAGGGCACUGCUGGCUCAUGGACAGUUUGUUGUCCAUCAGGACCCCCAGGUCCUUCUCCACAGAGCUGCAUCCCAGCAGGUCAGCCCCAGCCUGUGCUGGUGCCUGGGGUUAUUCCUCCCCAGGUUCAGGACCCUGUGCUUGCCUGUGUGGAAUUUCAGAUGAUGCUUCCCUGCCCAUCUUUCCAGCCUGUUGAGGUCCCUCUGAAGGGCUGCUCAGCCCUCUGGGGUAGGAGCCACUCCUCACAGCUUUGUGUCACAGGGAACUUGCUGAGGAGGCACCUGCCCCUUUAUCCAAGUUAUUGAGGAGUAAGUUAAACAAUAUUGAACCUUGAGGGACACCACUAGUGACAGGCCUCCAACUAAACACUGACUAUGACCCUCUGGGAUCUGCCAUUUAGCCAGUGCUCAGUCCACAUCACUGUCCACAUAGGGACCUGGUAUGAAGCAUGCUUAGAUUGUUGAGGCUGAUAAAGUAGAUUAACAGCAGGUUAAAGUUGUUCUUGAACAGCUAUCUGGGGAAGAUUGGAAGUUUCAGUAGAAGCUGAUGUAUUAAUGCAACAUGAUUGCAAAUUGAUUAACUUCAUCAUGCCACCAAAGCAGGCAUUUCUUAAGUGUCAGCCUGCUUUCACGAAUGUUUUUCAGUCAGCAGUCACUUCAUUUUCCAUACUGCAGGAAUCAGGAUUAAUCCAGAAAUGCAGUUCCUAGGAGCUGAGCAGCUGCUGGAAUCCUUUGUGACAUUAAAGGUUCAUACUCUUAAGGUGUGAUCAGAUGUUGUAGCCUCAUGGAAACCCUGAUUGUUUCAUAUGUUUGAGAACUUAGUGGUGAGAAUCAGUUUAAAAAACCACUAUAAAUAAAUGUAGAGACAGUGGUUAAAUGUGAGUGAAAUGCUGGUGAGAGAAAGGAAUGACCUGAGUCUGAUGUGUCACCUGCACUUCAGUAUUUUUUUACUCUACAGGUAAUAUGAUUUAUAUCAGGCUAUUAUUCAUUCAACAAACACUGAACCAAAACUAAUUAUCUAAUGUUCUUUCCAAAAUUCUAUUACCAAGCCAAGAAUCAUUCUGUGUUCCUGUGGCUGGUAUAAUUGUCUGAAAUUAAAAGCAUCUACCAGCUUAAACAAAACAGUGAAAAAAUUUAUUAAUUACCACUGCUGUUUUUUAAUAUCUGAACAAAAGAAAUGUGAUACCUGCAUACAUAGCAAGUGUGUGUAAAAUAUUUAUUCACAUUUUUAUACUCACAGGGUUUAUGUAGGGAGCUUGAAGCAGGUAUGGUUCAAAAUGUCAAGCUUCAGGAGGAGUUGUUAGAGAGGAUGGAACAGUUUUCAGAUUACUCCAUCUCGCUUUGCAGCAUCUUUUUAUAUUUGUGUUUUUCGUGUUUCCAGGUGAAAAUGGGGAAUAUAAUUUAAUUCCAGGAAGAAAAGACCAACUUUCAGAUGCAGUACAGUGAAGCAGUACAGCUCCUUGCCUGGGGAGGUUGUGCAUUGUCUGUGAAAGGACUUGUGAUGUUGAAUUGAACAUCUGCAGGUAUAGAUAUCUAUGUAACUGCAGGUGUAGGGGAGCCUUCCCUGAGGAAGAGGAAUGGUUUAAUGAACUUUAGAGGACCUCUCGAGCCUGGUGACUAUGAAUGUUGUAGGGCAUAAGGAGGAAGCAUGUAUCAUUAAUUGACUGGAGUAAUUUUCCCCUUUGUCUCAUCUUUCCACUGAAUCACUCAACUAGUUUUAUCUUUUUAUCUCUUUCUUAAAGAUUAGGUACUUCUUUUGGCAUGUUUCCAUAGCUAAUAUAUUUUGUCUGAUGUUGAGAAGUAUGGGGAUUUUAAACUGAAUGAAAGCACAUAAAUCUAUUAAUAAAUUUUACCUCUUGAUCCUUAUCUCUGUAUUUCAAAGCCCAUUUUACUCAGCAACUGACUCUUUGUGUUUAAUAUGAAAUAGUCCUGUCACCAAAAUGAACCAUUUCUAGUAAAGCCUGCAGAAAAUAACCAAUUUAGCACCUCUUGUAGUUUACACAACUGGAAGAAAGGGAAUUUCUGCAUUUUAAAGAAUCUCUGGGUCAUAGGAUCAUAGAUUGGUUUGGGGUGGAAGGGGCCUUAAAGGUCAUCUAGUUCCAUGUGCCCUGCCAUGGACAGGGAGCCUUCCACUAAACCAAGUUGCUCAGAGCCCAUCCAACCUGGCCUUGAAUGCUGCCAGGGAUGGAGAGUCCACCUAUGCUCUGAGCAACCUGUGCCAGGGCCUCACCACCCUCACAGCAAUGGAUUCUUCCCAAUAUGUGACCUAAACCUACCCCGUAAGUGGCAUUUCCAUAAGGAAUACUUGUGAGUAUCCCCUGGUACACACUGGUUUGCUCUCGUGUCAGCCGAGCUAAAAUAAGUGGUUUUCUGUACAAGUGAAUGAAAACCACAACAACCAAACCAAAUUUACUGGUGUAAAUUCAGAAAUGUGUCAGUCUGUUGCUGACUGGUUUUCAGGAUCUCCAUCCGUUCUUUGCUUAGUGUUCUAGAGCAUAUCCAAAAAGAGAAGAUCCACCCUGAGCAUGUUCAGAAAGGAGUAAUUUUUCUCUUACUCUUUGAAAAGGAUUGAAUACUGCAUUUCCUUUGACAGCUAUAUUUAAUUAAAGUACAACCAUUUUGCAGCAAGAUCAGGUACAAGUUGAAAAUGCUGUCAUUCCCCGUGGAGUUAUGCUGAGCUUUGGGUCAGCUUACCUAUGAAAGCAAGUUUUUGUUCCCAUUUAAUUCUUCAUUGAGUGGGAGCAAAAGUAAAAAUCCCAUUUCCUCAUUAAAGAGAAAACUAGGCAGUUGAAGUGGGAAAUACCAGCCCAGCCCUAAUCAGAAUUUAUACUCCCAAUUCCUGGAACCACCCUUCCCUUCCCUACAGCAGUUUCUGCCAAAGCUGCUCGGUCUCUCCUACCUAUUAUCUCAUUUGAACAUCUGGCUCUAUCUUCUGGGAUGCCUCUACACUCCUCUUUUUUUAUGUUUAAAUCAGGAUCUCUAGCAUGAAUUUGUUCAGAUACUUUACAGAGUUGAGAAUGAAGGCUGAAGUGGUAAUACACACUUGUUGUGUGUGGGCACAUCUUGAGCAGAAAUGAUUUCUAUGAGCCUGGAGAUAGAGAGCUGGUUCACACUCCUGUACAUGUUGGUGAAAAUAGGCAGGGGAAUGUUGCUUUAAACCCCCCAAAACCCACUUCUCUGUGUGUAUCUGUACUGCUGUGCUAGCUCUCCUUCAGUAAGGUCUGGGUGCUUUGGCUGGGAUUGGUGUGUUUUUUAAUUUUUUCAAGAAUUUCACCUCUGCAUUAGUAUGAUUGCAAUGUGCAGUUAUAUCCAUGCACAGUUACAUUAGGUACAAUUACACAGUUUAGCAUUAAAAAGCAUUCAAAUGAUAUAUCAUCUGACUUCGAUCAUGAAUAUUAUGUCCUUUCCAUUUAGCACCAUUUCUUCU